GCCCUUCAACCGGUAAAAAUCUAGACAUCGUCAGGGUAAGGAUACUCAUUUCAUUUACCUUAUAUAAAACCUAGUUAUAAAUCUAAAAUUUUACAUUUUCCUAAAUUUGAAUUGAAGGGUAAAUUAGAGAUGGGGGUUACAUCACAAAGCUGUUUAUCUUGCGUAAUGUUGUGCAAGCUUCCCUAUAAACCUCUCCCUGAGAAUGAGACAAUACAACUUUCUCGGAAAAAGAUGGAUAGUGAAUACGAUUACUUGUUUAAAAUCAUAAUAAUUGGGGAUAAAAGGGUUGGUAAAUCGAGCAUCAUAAAAAGAUUUAAAGAAGGUUCGUUUCACGAGGGCUCAUUGCCACCAACAAUUGGCAUAGAUUUUCAUAUAAAGGAUGUCGAAAUCGGCCAGUUUAAAGUGAAGCUUCAAUUAUGGGACACAGCUGGAGAGGAACAUUACAAGGCAGUUACCUCUGUUUACUACCGUGGAGCCAAUGCUGCUAUUAUUGUAUUUGACUUGACAAAACCAGAGACAUUUGAAAAUGCAAAAAUAUGGAUGGAUGAAGUUUUUAUGAAAUGUGGUGGGGAUGUAAUGGUGACUUUUGUAGGUAAUAAAUCAGAUAUGGACCAGAGAAUGGAUAUCAAUACUGUAGAUGAAUUCACUGAUUUGUACAUGUGCCAUUGGUGUGAAACUAGUGCCAAAACUGGAUCUAAUGUGAAUGAAGUUUUUAUAUCAGUAGCUAAGCAAUUGAUUGACCUUCAAAAUCAAAUGCUUUCACUUCCAUCUCUUAGCAAUGGGCCUGGAAGUCUAUUUAUUGCAGACGAAGACUUGUAUCCAAAUUCGCAAUAUUGCUGUACCUAUUUUUAAUUAUCUAUAUACAUUUUUUGGUAUAUUUCUAUAAAACCAGAUUGCAUCACUUUCAUCUGUGGAUAAUGAGCCUAAAGUUUGUUCACAGCAAAUGAUAGCUAUAUCUGAAUUCUAGGCUUGUUUCUAAUUCAUUUAUAAAUAUUGCAUAAAUUUCGAUCAAGUCAGAUGCUUUUAUUUCCUAUUUUUAUAAAAUGAAUAUGGACUUUUUUUAGCAAAUAUUAACUUGUAUCCAAAUGUAACAUAAUGAUGCACAUAAUUUUCAAUUUUCAUGUUACUAUUAAAUGAAUUUUGAUUGGUAUUCACUAUUUUAAAUUAUUAUCUUGAAAAUGUAUAGCUCACUCAAAAUAAUCUCUGGAUUUUCCUUUGCAUUACAUCACUGAAUAGCUCAAAAAAUUGAUCUUUGUUGCUUUAACAGUACCCUGAUUUCCCCAUGUUUAGAUUUUCCUUACUUCCCUACUUGAUUCCGUACAUUAAUUCCAAAAGUUUAUAUUAGAAGUUUUAAGUAACGUUUUUAGUCACUGUUUACAUCAAUGUAUUUUUAUCUUACAAGUUCAUCUUCGUUUUAAUGGAAUCAAAUUCAUACAGAUAUUUUAAACUACAAAAAUGUAUGUUUGUUGGUGUCACUAUAGUCACUGAAAAGAAGACUUCGUUUUUAUAUUAUACGAAAUAUUCUUUUUU